GGAGGUGUCUGUGGGGGGUGACAAGGAUUGUGAAAUGAAUUGACAGUGAAUAGAGAAGUUACAGGAUGGCGAGCGCAGGGACAGGUGCGACUGGCGACGGGGUAGACGGCGAUGGAACUUCAGGAAUGAGAAACCCAUUGAUCUGCGGAGUUUGUCAGGAUUAUUACACCGAGCCCUGUCUGCUGUCUUGUUUUCAUACUUUUUGUGCGAGAUGUCUGAGGAAUACGCAGAUUGAUGGCAAGAUCACUUGUCCCAUAUGCGGACAAAUGACACAGCUCAAGGAAGGCAGCCAGCUGCCACCCGCCGACCAAUUGAUGCGACAAUUGAUUGAGAUAGCAAACUCGGAGAACCCAGCGUGCGCAAAUUGCGACAAAAGAGACAAAACGACAAUGUUUUUUUGCACUACUUGUGGCCAGGCCCUCUGUACCCACUGUCGAGAGCACACCCACCGGGCCAAGAUGUUCUCCACCCACGAGGUAAUUCACAUGAGCAAAUGCUCCAAAGACACUCAGCGUCGCUGCGCCACCCACGGAGAACUCUACAUAAUGUACAGCCAGAGUACAAAAUCCAUGCUGUGCGCCACUUGCUUCCGCGACACCCCAGCAGACGCCAGGAUGCACUGCGUGGACAUCGACACAGCUUGGCAGCAGGCCUCCAAGAAGAUGGAGAAAGCCGCCAACUCCAUCUGCGAGAUUCAAGCUGGUGUGCGUGACGGUGUACUAGCCCUAAAAUCUCAGCUUGACGAACUCAAGCACAGCCUUGAAAGCGAGAAGCGAUCGUUGAACGCCUACUGCCAGGUGAUGCAGGAGACAAUCGGCAAAAGUCACUCGUCGAUAAUCUCCGAGCUCCAACGGCAAUUCGAGAGUAAAGACCGCAUGGUGAGAUCCCAACUGAUAAAUCUAGGAUCAGCCUUGCCAGUCCUGCAAAUGCACCUGAUGCUGUGCACUGUCUUCACCAGUGGUGCCACCAAGUACCAAUUUCUCGAGCUAGCCCACCCGAUGCUGGAGAGGCUGGGGAGAGUGGCACAGUUGGGCCAUCCGUCCAGACCCUCACUCAUAUCAGCCCACCUCAAGAUGAAUUAUCGCGCCGAAUUCGCAAGGUCACUGCAGUCUUUUCUGGCCCAAUCACAGGGGCACAAGGACUCUCUCUAUGACUCUCACACACACGGCACCAAUCACAAUGACCAGGGCCACUUGCUCCAGAGCUCGAAGACACCCCCCAGGAGCCAAAAAUCGGGGGGACCCGACAGUGGCCCCUUCUCCAGCCACUGCCGCAACUUCGACUCUCAACUGAAGGAUCUGAGUCAACAGUUGAUCACCGUUAAGGAGAGACUGGGGGAAUUGCACAGGGAUGUCGCCAUGUUGAGGAGGGCAAACACUCCGCCGUUGGGCUCUAGGUACGAGCAUGUGACGAGGGACUGUCGGCUGCUUGAGCAGCAGCUGGAGCACCACCAGAUCGAGCUCGAGAGACUGAGGAAUAUCUUCGAUGCACUGUGGGAGGAGCAGCUCUGCAAAAUUCAUAUCGAGAAGGAGAUUUUCCAUUCGCAGAUGAAUGAUAUUCUUACGCUGAGGGGGGAGGUGAAGCAGCUGCAGAGUCUUACGCAGCAGUUGGAGCCCUUUGUCAAGUCCUUUUCAGCGGGAAUAACGGCCGGAGAGAUGAGCUCGGCUGCUGCCGAUGCUGCUGGCCAUCAACAUCUCCAGGCGUUGUUGGAUCACUUCACGAGGAUGCAGAUGCAAGACCCACAGGGACAGGGAUCGGUGCCGACCAAGGAUUGCAGGCAUGGCAAGACUGGAGGAGUUGCUGACAAUAUUCUCUAUGUGAAAGAAUCCAAAGAGGUGCCGCCAGCAAGAAGUCGUACACCAUCAGGUGGUGUUGGAGCCCUCCUGGACUCUGGAGGUAAUAUAAUUGUCUACGGCACUGCCAAAUCAUCAGAAGCGAAGCGCGGUGUAUUGAGUCAAUUGAUCGAGAAAGCACGGACGAGGGAGGAUAGGAAGAAGUCACCGGGUCGGGAGGACGGUGGUCGCGACAGGAGUCAAACGAGACGAUCAAGAAAGUCACCUGACCAGGCUAAACCCAAGACACCACCUGGCCAGGCAUCAAGUAGCAAGGUGAGGUCUUUAUACAGAACGUUAAAGGACACCUGUGGCGACAUCAUAGAUCACGGCGACAAAAUGGCUGAUUCUCAUCAACAACAGCAAGCCCAUUCGACAGGUGCUGCGGAAGAAAGUGAGUACCAACGAAUAUCGGAGGCUUCGACUCUCGGUGAAGCUAAAAAAUCAAGGGUACAGGCCCAGAUUCACGCUGUGCCACAAGAAGAACCGAAACUUCAGUCUCAACAAUCGAAAUCCCAGACAUUGCCAACGAGUUCGUCGACAUCCAUUCAAAAAUCAGUCAAGGUUUAUCCGGCCAGUGACUCUGAGGAUGUUUUUUAUAGUGGUGAUAAGUCUGCGUCAUCGGAUGGAAGACGAAGGAGACGAGCUAGUUGUGACAGUCUCUCAACAACAGGCUCUGGCAACAGCAGAAGAUCGAGCAUUGCUGAGGGAACAAUUGGUGGACCAAUGAGCCAAGACACUAGGAAAACAUUGCUUGUAUUGAUCGGACCAACACCCAAGUCCAAGUCAACAGCUAGUCUUGUACAGAAACAACGGUCUUGGGAGACAUUUCCCCGUCCCAAGAGCAAAAGAUCGUCAGCAGCUGUUGCUGCUGCCGAAGCCAGUGCAACUGGUCUUGGACCAUUGAAGAAAGCUGACAGCUUCGAGGGCCACGAGGAGGCUGUUAGGACUCUCGUUGCUGCGGUACAAGAGACCAGGGUUCAGAGGCAUCAUCAUGCACAUCACCAUAGGCAUCAUCGUAAAAGCAAAACAAAUUGAGUUUGUUGAUUGUUUAUUUCAUCAUUUUCAUUAGAGCUUUCUCAUCGCCUCAUCUGUUUAAGAUGAUUUGUCCAAAAAUUGGCCUUUACCUCUGGAAUCACUUUGUCCUCUCUUUUUAUCACAUCACAUUCCUGCUGUAAUAAAUCGGAAUGAUAAAUUAUGUUCCAAUCCAUGUAAAAAAAAAAUGCUGCCCAUUGAGGAUGAAAAAUACGAAGGAAUUCGUCGUGAAGAUUGAUGAAGCACUUAGAGCCUUCCAAUAGUUAUUCAUUAUAGAAAAGCUAGUAUAAAGAAAAAAAAUGUAGUUAACUUGAUGGAUUAAAUCGAAACGUUAAUCAAACAGAAACAAAAAUGGCCGUUUAUUAUGAGAUUAAUUACGAGACGAAGGAAAGAUGAUUAUGAGCUAGUAAAUUGACACUGCCAACAACGGUAAAUAACGAAUUUAAAUUAAUUGAAUCAAUGGAAAAUAGAUCCAAAAUAAUGAUAAACAUUGAACGACCGUUAUUAUCGAAGAAUCUAUAUUUAAAUUGGUAUUAAGGGAUGUGGUCCUGAGUUCAUACUCAUCUGUGUCUGGAUAUUUGAGCCUAAUAGCCACGCCGACAGACGUAUGGGCAAUUACGUUUUAAUGAAUGGACGACAAAUUGAAUUGAAUAUUUCCCAACGUGUGGUAUCACGUUGCUAAUGCUCAUUGUACGUUAUUAUAUAUAUAUAUAUACUGUGGUUUAAGCACUUGAUGGAGAAAAAUGAUAAGAUACGUAAUAUUGAAGAACUAUAAAAUCGAUGAUGGUAUUGUUGGAAUAUUAUUAUGGGAUGGAAAUAAAAAUAUUGAACCAUGCACCUUGUUUCUCA